AGCAGCAAUGGCACUAGCAGCAGCAGCACCCUGGGGAGCACUGCCAGGAGGAGCCCGUUAAGUCCAGCUAGCGACAGCAGCAGCGAAGAUGGUGGGAGUUCUCACAAAAGCAGCACGUCUAAGAGCAGCAGCAGCGAUGUUGACAGCAGCUUGGUGGAUAGCUGGUUUGCGGCAAUCGAUGCGAACAGAGAUGGACUGAUCUCACAGAGAGAGUUCAGAACGUGGUAUUGCUUGCACUUCGUUCCAACAUUCCUGCAGCAGCAGCAACAGCAGAUCCAAAGGAAGCUGCUCGACGCGAAGGCGGAUGCAGCCUCUUCAAACGCCUCUCCUGCAGCAGCUCCUGCUGCUCAAAAUGACGGUGCUGCUAACGACGAUGCAAAGACGCUUGGCGAAGACAAAAAAACUGGCAGGGAAGCUUGCCAGCUAUGCAAUACCUCUGCUUUCGAGGGUUCGCAGCAGCACGUGCAGCAGCGCCUCCUGCUGCUUGAAGCAGAAGCAGCUGCCUUACGCGCUGCGCUGCAAUCUGGACGCCCCCAACAGCCAAUCAGCAGCAAACAGAUGCUCUUAAUAGUCUUGAGAAGCGCCAUUCCUUACAUAGGCUUCGGAUUCAUGGAUAAUUGUCUCAUGCUUCUGUGUGGCGAGAUCAUCGAUCUGCAACUUGGCGUCGCCUUAGGGCUCUCCACCUUAGCGGCAGCUGGACUUGGAAAUCUUGUGAGCUGCGCUUCAGGCGUUGUGACAGGGGGCUUUAUUGAGCGAUUCGUAUAUCGAUUCAAAUGGCCUCCCACAGCACGUCUCUCUCCGCAGCAGGCGGAAACAAGUGCUGCUCGCAACGCUCACCUUGUUGGCUCAGUGGUAGGCUUUUAA